UAUCAUGGGAUGAAUAUCUUUUAUAGAACUUUCCUUUAAAUAGUGUAAUCUUGCGAGUCGUGAUUUAUGGCGAACGGAUUCUUAUCUCCCAUUUAGUAAUUCUAACCGUAGGACAUCUGUUAAUGCUUGUUGCGUUUUAAUAUCACGCGAUCGUAAAGUAAGCGUAAUUUGAACUGCAAUUAGUUUUUCCGAACAAUAAGCAAAGCUACUUAUUUAAAAUAAUAAUCAUUCAUUAACGUAUGCGUAUUGUGUUUCAUUUAAUAUUUUUUGGUAAAUGCACUUAAAACCUUUACAGUGAAUACAAUUGGAAGAGUGCAUUGAUAGUUUUCGUUCGUUGAUUGUGUAAGGCCUUUAAAUACCAUACAUGUUAUUAUGCAAAUCGGAUUUUGCAUGAAGUUCUACAAUUUGUGUAUUUGAAGAAUAUAAGUUUUAAUACAAAAGUGAAUUUUCCUGAUAUAGAAAACAAUUGUACUUCUUUUCGCAAGGAAAUAACUUACAGGCACACUGAUUUUCAUGUCAACCAUGAAAAGCCUAGCAUCUGUAUAUCGCAUAUCCGGCGUUGACCCUACGCCAUGUCGUUUGGCACUCACCAUGGAAACAGUCUAAAAACAAAAAGACGUCAGAAGCCACCAAAGAAAUCAGUUUCCGCUGAUCUAAAUUCAGACGCUAGCAGCAUUGCCAAUGACGUCAUGGAUAAAACGCACGUUCAACAAAGACUUUAUGUCAUCAAUCGAAACGGCACGGGUGAAGCGCAAUAUAUACUACUCAACGAUAGACGAGACGCCAUCGAGUCAUACGGCGUUCGGUUAGAGACUUGGAGGGCUAUAAAAGGAAUUUCCAAUUUCGGCGUCAUUGUGUUAAACAACAUACUAUAUGUCAUAGGCGGAUAUGACGUCAAGAACUGUCGUCAUCUUCAUCGAGUUGUCAAGUACGAUCCCUAUGAAUUUGCUUGGUCUGAUUGCGCCCCAAUGAUAAAAGCACGCGCCAAAUUCGGCGCUUGCGUGAUAGAUGGAAAAAUAAUCGUAUCUGGAGGAGAGAGGAGUGAUGGCCAGGCGUCCUGCUCCUGUGAGGUAUACGACCCGGACGCAGACACGUGGUCUGAGGGAGGCCUCAUGGUGGCGCCCCGGAAGAACCACUGUUGCGUCAUGGCGGACGGGGACAUGUAUCUGGCCGGCGGAGAUUUCGGCCUCCGCAGCCAUGACAAUCUCUGGGUGUACCAAGACGGUCACUGGGUUGAACUUGACAUGGACUGUCCACAGAAAAUGCCCAAGUGUAUUGACCGCUAUGAUAUAUGCUACGUUGGACAUAAGAUAUACUUUGUUGGUGGUGUGUCGUGUAAGGCCAGUAACACCCCUAACGACACCAGAUUCAUCACAGAGCGGGGGAUAUUUUCAUACACUCCUAACAUUUCAACAGUGCAAAAGCUCAAGGCGCAUCCACAGGGUCUCCAUGGCGACAUGAUUUCCCCAUGGAACACCCGCUAUCCUAGUAUGGUGCGACCCAGACACAGCUGCGCCGUUCGUGCAAUAGGCAAAUCAAUAUACGUGUUUGGCGGAUGUCAUCUAGAGACUGGCCAAGAUGUAAGGGUUUGUGAAUGUUUCAACACAGACAAAGCAAAAUGGGAGGACGAGUUUCAUUUUCGAAAAGGUGAUUUAUCCAGUGUUACAACUGCUGUUCUCGCGGUUCCAAGAAGACAUGACGAAGAGAAGAUCAAUUACAAACUGAAAUGGGUUUUAUGGUAAUAUGAAAUAGCAUUUAUGUUGUAAAACAAUGUUUAAAAUAUUGUGUUUUGCAUUAUUAGAAUUCUGUGAUAAAGUGAUGUCAUUGUUGAUGUUGAUGAUUUGUACAGCGUCGGGGUAGUUUGGUGUAAUAACUUUCUUGUGAGAUUUAGGAUAACCAAAGGCAGCAUAAAAAACUUAAGACAUUAUAUACACGUAUGCUUAUCCGUACUUGUCCAUAACAGUUGUAUUUUUAUUUGCUAUGUUGUUUUAAGGUGAAUACGGGCGGUCACUAUAUACACUAUAGUAUAUGUCACUUCCGUAAAUUUGUAUAUAAUCAUUCCAAUUUCAAUUCAGAUUUAAUGUUGUAUUUAAUGGCAUAUUUUUCGUUUUUUACAUACAUGACUGGGUUUCGGUGAGAUAAGUAAAAUGCAUCAUUAUAUGUAUUAGUGUACGAAUAGAUUCAUAUAUCAGCAGUUAUUUCAGUCUGACUGUUUUUGCUAAUUUAUUUGUAUUAUACAGUGUUUUUAUUGAAGGCCAUUGUAUAAGUAAGAUGAACUGGAGUCAGUUUAAUACUGUGUCCCUAAUUAAAUAAAUGUUGACCCAA